AUGCGUCAAAAUGCGGCAGGUGGUGCCGCUGCACCAGACGAGACCUGGAUCGAUGGAAUGAUUGACCUGCUGUUGCAGGCUCGAAACAAAAAGCCAGGUACUCCAGUAGAGAUCUCGGCUCAAGAUGCCACGACACUGUGCAACCAAGCGCGAGAAAUCUUCAUGGCGCAACCGAUGCUCUUAGAACUGGGGGCUCCCAUAAAGAUCUGUGGCGACGUCCACGGACAAUACACCGAUCUGCUCCGAUUGUUCGAAUACGGUGGCUUCCCACCCGAGGCAAACUACCUCUCUUGGGAGAUUACGUGGACCGUGGAAAGCAAUCUCUGGAAGUUGUUCUCGGUCAAGAUGUGGAAGCAGUUCUGCAACACUUUCAAUUGCCUCCCCUGCUGUGCAGUGAUUGACGACAAGAUUAUCUGCAUGCACGGCGGUCUCUCUCCGGAGUUGUCGCAAAUGGAACAAGUCGCAAACAUUUCUCGUCCUUGUGACGUCCCUGAUACGGGUCUACUGUGUGAUAUCCUUUGGGCCGACCCUGACCCGAGUAUCACGGGUUGGGGUGAAAAUGACCGUGGUGUCUCUUUUACCUUUGGCGGAGAUGUGGUCCGUCAGUUUCUUCGUCGGCACGAUCUUGACUUGGUUGUACGAGCUCAUCAAGUUGUAGAGGACGGGUAUGAAUUCUUCGCUGGCCGAGAGCUCGUGACGGUCUUUUCAGCACCAAACUAUUGCGGCGAGUUUGACAACGCCGGAGCCAUGAUGACAGUUGACGAUACUCUCAUGUGCUCGUUCCAAAUUCUCAAGCCGGCCAGUGCCGCACAGCAAAGAGGAAGCGGGUACGGAGGCCGCCCAGGGACUCCCGGCCGUCAAGGCGGAAGGUAA